AUGGGAGGAGGUUCCCAAAGACAUGGCGCCUCCCGCAGUUGCGAAAGAGACGGACCCGCUGCUAUUGUGUGUGGUCCGCAACGUUCGUAUCUCCUGCCCAAACAGCGGCAAAAGAAAAGACACGCCUUAACUUUCUUCGGCAGCCUUGUGAAGCAGAGGUUCGUCAACAGUGCAUUUUUCACUUUAGCGGGUACCUUUCUGCAGCGAAUGAAGCAAUAUUUUCAGACAGGAUGGCAGCAGCAGCAGUAUGUGCCCAGAGCUAGGCGCGUUUCUGACAGCACGUCAAAGUCUACAGGUGUAGGCGAUGAAGAGAUUGCAACUUCAAGUAAAAGUCCGUACAUGUCCCAGAGUGGUGGCUGUAGCGUGCCUCGGGAUGUGCUAACUUUGGACUUUAAUGGCAACGCUAACUCUCGCAAGAGACCUAACAACAAGAGGCACAGAGGACAGCCAAGGAAAUCUAUCACUAUACCUGUCGAAAAGCAAAGACAUAAACGGCACAAGAACCCAAAACACGUCAGACGCCUUAGCUCUGAAGUCAACAGUCAGGCAUCUAAGAGAAUGCGCUGUCGUCUGAAGAAAAGGUCCACGUUUAGAAAGUACGACAAAGUCAUGCAAGGAAAGUUGGCAGAAACUGUUAAGCAACGAUCGUCUGGGACACGGGAAGAAAGCACUGAUGUACAAGAAGAGCACCAUAUUAACCUAAUAAAGUUUACACAAUGUUCAGGCUUUGGUGACUUUUCCACAACUGAGAAAUGCUUCAGCGCUUCUUUGUCAGAAAUUAUCCCUGUUAGCGGUGUAAACAAUGAAACUGAAACACCAACGAACAAGAAAAAGAGCACACGUUUAAAAUCUACAGCUCUGUUCAACGUCAAAGACGGGAACCUAAAUACACAUGUGCGCGUUGAGAGACAGGAAACGAAAUCUUUGUCUCGGCAGCAUGUAUCAAAGGUCGUACGUCCGAGACAUGCAAGCAGGAACUGUGUCACCAGUUUACAUCCAAAAGUAUGGCAGUCUGGCCUGAGCUUCAACUCAAACUCAGAAAAUGUCAAUGAUUGGCCAUCUCUGGCGGAACUGGAACGUCCGAAAAGUUUGAUCAAAGAAGCUGCUACAGAGAUUGUCAGACGCAAAUAUGCUGGUUCCGGCGUCAGGGACGCUGGUAUGUUGCUGAAAGAUGUCGCCAGUGUUGAAACGGAACAAUCAGAGCACGGUGUAGACGAGACAGAGUCUCUCCAUUGGUCAGUCCAGGGGAAAUGUACUUCCAAUGCCAGUCAAAGAACAUGGGCUUCUGUGGCUGCACAGUCAUUGGCCGGUACAGUGCGCGUGACAAGUGGUCAUAGAAUGUCAGAAAAAUCUCAGAUACCCCUAUCGGAGACAAAAGAAACAUCCCCAGCAAGCAAUUCGCUCUCAGUUGUAUCGUUUUUGAAAAUCAGGAAACCCCCAAUAAGAUCAAAGUUAGCCUAUUCGAUGAGAUUGUCAGGGGAUCACUCCAAGAUUAAGGAAAAACCCACCUUAGGUAAAUUUAUGACUGAACGCCAAGAAAGUGCAAAACUUCUGAAAACUUUCAAAGGUAAACAUAAAAUGUCAAAACUCAUUGGUCAGAAAGAUCAGUCAGAAAAAAGAAGACCUAGAAAGGGAGAGAAGUCCGAUAAAACGCAGGAGAAUGUUGCACACCUGCUGGACGUUCACAAGCCCAAGCGUUGCUGGCAGCAGAUCUGGAAAGUGGACGAGAUGCCCAUGGUCUACUCAUGCGCUACUCCGCCAGUGAUCGUUUUAGCAGAACAAUCACUUUCUGAAUAUGACACCAGAGAAUCAGUUGUAUCGGCUUCGGAUAUUUGCAACAGCCAAACUAACCUCUCUGCUGCCGCAGCCAAUGCCCUCGGCGCUACAGACGUUCAUUCCGGGAUAUCCACCAAUACUAACCUGUUGUCAGAACAUGUACUUUCUGAGUCUCGUGACGAUCCACAUGAAGAAACAAUAGCCACUUCCUCUGGCAGCGUCACUUCCUUGGUAAUCAAAACUGAGAUAGCUGCACCAGUUGAGACAGAAGCUAAAAGCCCCAAAAAGAUCUCUCUCCGAUACAGGGCACUGUUGCGUAGCGACAGCUCGCGCGUGGACGCCAAAACUCUGACGGAGAUGCAGACGAGAAACAGGAAAACAAACCAUCUCCGCGACAAAAAAGUUGCUACGCGGGAGAGGCAGCGUCAGCAAAGGCAAGACAGACAAACGACUCGCCACGAUGUUCAGCGUUUCCACACAUCUACAAAUGGAGAAGAUCUGAGCCAAAACUGCGAGCCAGGGCUUGUUAAAAGUGCGUGCCCAUACUGGUUGCGAUCUAUGCCAGCAAGUAAGGAAUUCGGUCACCUGGACAGCUGUGGAGACACUCAGUCCAACAACGAGAAAGUCCAGGAAGAUGAGAGCUCUGAGGUCAGAAACACGGCAAAGCUCACAACACUCGCACCAUGCAGACAUUCAGAGCGUCUUAGAGUCAAGGCGAAGAAUAUCACUCGGCCAACUUACGUCCCCUGA